CACCAGAGAGGCUGGCUGUGCUGUGAGGAGACAGCUGUGUAUACCCUGGCCCAGCUAUAGACAGCAGGCAGCAAUAUAGAGGCUGGUCACACAUACCUGUGCUGAUUCUCCUAGUGUAACAUGUGCUGCUAGUACCCUCCCAUACAAAAGGUCCAAUUGGGUGCGGGCGGGGACAUUGUGAUUCAGGUGAAUAGGACCAGUUGUCACAAGCGACAAUACAAUGGAAUUAUGUGUAGAUUCAGGUAAAUGACAGUUCCUCCCUCGCAGUGAAAGUUGAAAAGUUAUCCGUGGAUUAUUUAAAGUUGUGUUGUGUGAUGAUGUGCAAAUUCUAAUGGAUAUUGGUAGUGUGGGCCGGAGGAUUAAAUGAUUACCCGGGAGAAUGAGACAGUGGACACCUCUCCAAUUGUGUCCGUCUCCCCAACGAUCCUGUGGACAUCAGUUCCUCCCUGCGACCCGAACUGCGGGUGGGGUGCAGAGCCCUGCCCCCCGGAAAACUGUGCCUGGGAUAUACCCUAUAACGACUCAUCAUUAUUCUUUGGAAAUGCUAGUAAUUCGAGCAUGGAAAUACCUAAUGAAUACAAUUGGGGCGUUUUGUUUCUAUCCCCGCUUAUUGUGUUUGGAAUCGGAGGAAACAUACUGGUGUGUAUGGCGAUUUCCAUGGAGAAACGAUUACAAAGUGUCACCAACUAUUUUCUGCUGUCUCUGGCAGUCACAGACUUACUGGUCUGUGUUAUUGUCAUGCCUUUCAGCAUAAUUAACCAAUUCACAGGUUACUGGCUGUUUGGACCAAUCAUCUGUGAUCUGUAUGUGACUGCGGAUGUUCUCAUGAGUACUUCAUCAAUUCUUCAUCUGUGUACGAUUUCAUUGGAAAGGUAUAUGGCCAUACGAUAUCCAUUAGCAACGCGAAACAAAUCAAAAUCUGUGGUAAUCUUGAAAAUUAUUCUGGUGUGGGUCAUUGCCCUGGCAAUCUGUAGUCCAAUCACAAUUCUAGGAUUUAUAGAACAGUCCAAUGUGCUGAAUGACAGCCAAUGUGUAUUGACCAAUCAGAAUUUUAUCAUUUAUGGGUCCAUCUGUGCUUUCUUCAUCCCGCUGACCAUAAUGGUAAUUUCAUAUAGCUUUACACUAUAUCUCCUCAUCGGUCAGUGUAACAAGUGUAAGUCCGGACGGGUGGAGGGCCAACCAAUGAUACGUCGGUCACUCAGUCGCAAGCCAAACAAACAGCGUCCUCGGGUGAAGUUUUCGGCACGACGGACACGAAGCUGUCCGGUAGAGGACCAAGAGUGUAGUCAGGAUACAACACCCAUCAUACAGCGCAAACCUCUUAUUAAGUCAAGCAUUUCAUUCCCAAUACAUAGCCAUCAUCGUCGGCACAAUCAAAAUUCCAGUAGCCACUCAGGGGGAGGUCGUCGGGGGGAGGGACGGGGGGAGGGACGGGGAGAUGGGCGUGGGGAGAGACGGAAAGUGACUCACUUGAGGACAGAGGAAGUUCCACCAUCCAAUGGAAAUAGUCCUAGUAGCACCUUGUGGUCGAGGGACAGUUCCCCUAACCCUGGGUCUAAUGGUGGCAGUCCCUCUCCCCUGUGGACACACACUGCCGCUUCUGCAGGUACCUCGUCACUUCAGGGACUCGUGAAAAAGCACCAGUUAGUGAUCAAGGCAGCCAGUAUACUGCUGAUGAAAAAGGAAGCCAUGCAGAAGGAAAAUGAUGUACACACCGAGAAGAAGGCCUCAAAGGUCAUAGGAGUUGUGUUUAUUCUAUUUGUGGUGUGCUGGGCCCCUUUCUUCAUUGUUAACAUCCUCACUGUGUUGUGUACCUCAUGUGACUUCGACAACAACCUAAUAGCAGGUUCCGUGUGGCUGGGCUGGGUGUCCAGCACGCUCAAUCCCAUCAUCUACACCAUGUUCAACAAGACCUUCAAAAUGACCUUCAAAAAACUCAUCAUGUGUCGUUACGACACAUUACAACGUGGCAAACGGGUUCGGAGCUGGUUGCUUAGCAAUGGAAAUUCUUAUCAUGUUAAUGCUUCAAGUUCGAACAGUUUAGACACACCCUGCUAGUGAUGUCAUAAAUCAUAUGAUGUUUAUAAACAUUACCAUGGAUAUUCAAAUGGUCCGUAUAUUUUGAGAUUUCAUCAAUUGCAUUAUAAAAAGACUUCAAUGACUGAAGAUGAGCCUGGUGGAAUUACAAAGGUAUACGUAAACUUUCACUUCGCUGUGAACAUGAUAAGUUAUGCAAUGAAGCAGGUUGAACAACACUUUGUGCACUUAUAGAAACUGACUUCAAAAGUCUGUAUGUUUUCAUAAAGAGUUAGAAUACAGGUUUCCUCCUCCACUUUUCUCUCAACUUUAUGUCUAUGUCUACAGCUCACAAAUAAAGCAGUAAAUGUAGUUCGCUUCGUUGAAGUAAUGACUGUAGUCACUUUCCUUCCAUUUCUCACAUCAGGUACUAUAUAACAUGAAAUGUUCGUGGGUACUUUCAUUCCUGGUUAGAAGCUAUUUAGACUGUCUUGUGGUACACAUUUCAGUGGAUAUCCUAUAUUAACAAACAGUAGACAAGUUUAUCAAUUAAAUUAGUUGUAUUUAUUUUCGUGGUUCAAAUGGGAACCACUUAAACCAAGAAUGUAUGUACACCACAAAUAAUUGUAUGUUAUAAAGUAGGAGUCUAAGAAAGCGUAUUACUCUGAACUGUGUCAUAGAAAGCUUAAGUUCAAGGAGAAUAUAUUCUCCACACUUUCCAAACUGUGGUGUUUUUGGAUUUUUCAAAGAAUUUGUAAUUAUAAUGAAACAUGCAUAAUAAAUCAUCCAUUCCUUAAUCAGAAAUUUCAUUUCGAAAUACAGAUUUUAAGGGUAAACACAAAAUAUUUAAACAGAUUUCACAACCAUUUUUGAACAGACGAGAAAUAUAUUUACAAAUGGUAAAGUUUCAGUAUAAUAUCUCUACAAAAUUUGAUUAACUGUACAAUGAUUCCACAGAACAGUCCAUCUCCAUCAGUGGCGCCCUCUAUCACUAGACAGUGGUGGCCACUGACUCCACAGAACAUUCUCCCCAUCAGUGGCACCCUCUACCACUAAACAGUGGUGGCCACUGACUCCACAGAACAUUCUCCCCAUCAGUGGCACCCUCUAUCACUAAACAGUGGUGGCCACUGACUCCACAGAACAAUCUCCCCAUCAGUGGCGCCCUCUAUCACUAGACAGUGGUGGCCACUGACUCUACAGAACAUUCUUCCCAUCAGUGGCGCCCUCUAUCACUAGACAGUGGUGGACACUGACUCCACAGAACAUUCUCCCCAUCAGUGGCCCCCUCUAUCACUAAACAGUGGUGGCCACUGACUCCACAGAACAACCUCCCCAUCAGUGGCACCCUCUAUCACUAGACAGUGGUGGUUACUGACUCCACAGAACAUUCUCCCCAUCAGUGGCGUCCUCUAUCACUAGACAGUGGUGGCCACUGACUCUACAGAACAUUCUUCCCAUCAGUGGCGCCCUCUAUCACUAGACAGUGGUGGCUACUGACUCUACAGAACAACCUCCCCAUCAGUGGUGUCCUCUAUCACUAGACAGUGGUGGCCACUGACUCUACACAACAAUCUCCCCAUCAGUGGUGCCCUCUAUCCAGGGAACACCCUCCCCUCACUGGUGCUCUCUAUAACUAGACAGUGGUUGUCAAUGACUCCACAGAACACCCUCCCUAUCAGUGGAGCCCUUCCUUCUAUCACCAGUGAACUGUUAUCAUAGACCAGCAGGCUUCUUUCUAUCAACCUGAGUUCUAUAAGUUACACAACUUGAGAAUUAUUAAGAUAAAUCAGUUGACAUGGCAACAGAUUACCCAAACGUAGCACAACCAAUUCCAGAUUAAAAGUCAUCUUCUUUCCUGCUCUGCUAAAUUCCCGCGGCAAUAAUUUCGCAUUAAAACUUGAUUGUAUAUAAAUCUAUAAAGUCCUCCAUACGGGAGUUCAAACUUCCAAAUAUACCACUGAAAUUACCUCGGAACUCCCUCCUUAUAAAAACAAAGAUAACCUAGUGAAAGUUAAUAACAAAACAUGAUUGAAAUAUAAGUAAGCAAUUAUUAGUUCAUAAUUAAAAGGGUUGACUACCAUAAACUUUGCAUUAUAAAAUCUAUAUCAUUAAAGAAAACAACAAUUUUGAUUAGCAUGUAACCUUGGAAGGGAUAAUGAGUGAUCGCCUUGGUUGUAUAUGAAUCCCAGGAGUUCAUAUCACUUACAGUCUCCGGGAGGUGAGCAUUUUGUUUGAUUUGCGCACCAAAUCGGCUUUGAUUUCGAUGCAUGUCGCGGUAGAACACAUACAGGAGAUUGGCACAGCUCAGCCACCAUUGCUCACUAAAAAUGGAUUUUUAAUGCAUUUUAUUCAAUUUGGAACUUUUGUCAAUUUGGAUAUCUGAGAAAAUAAGUCCCAGAUUGAAGCUAAAUGCUUUAGAUUGAGUUAUUGGGGUACACCCAUAUUAAACAGAGAUCUGGCACUCAACCAGUGGAAGUGAGGACGGCCAGGAGAGAAAAAAAACCUACCUUUCUCUCAAUCUUUCUUCAACAUGUUCUCCAAUAACUAAAUUAUACCACAGCUGAGAUGAUUGAUUAUGCAUGAGUAAACUUUGGAGGGGAAUAUCACGGUAAAACCUCAACUUACAGCUGGUCACAAAAACUCUUUUAACUCAUUCACCCCUGAAAACACAUACGAACUCUUCCAAUUCAAAGGUUGGAAUAGUUCAUUAUGAAAUUUCACGGGUGAAUGAGCUAAGGGAACAAAUCUUGUGAGUAUGUGUUGUGCUAUAACUUGUGUAGGGACACAGAUGUGUAGGGACACAGAUGCUGUAAUUGUAGUAUGAAGUAAUAGCAUCAUCAUGUGAUAUGUCCUCGUGAUAUGUAAUAUUAAACAUUGU